AUGAAAAAAGGACCCAGGACCAAGACCCAACCCGUUGACGGACAAGUGGUCACACCAAGCGAACUUGGACCAGCGAAUGAGCCGCGGCGACGAGCGGUCGUCGAUAAGGCGACGCAGUAUUGGAAAGAGAGCGGACGACGUUGUGGUGGUGCCGGAGGAGGUGCGGGUAGACAGAAAGUGACCGCUAAUGUGCCGAAGACGGGAACGACCAGCGGCGCGAAUGGAGACUACCGAUCGGUGGCUCGACCCAGUGAAAUGAGUCAGGUGCAAAAGAAACUCAUCGGAAGGCGCAAAGAAGGCGUGAAUCGUGGCGAGGCUCGACAAAUUCUCCUCCAUCAGCUCAUCUGGCGCGAGAACGAGUCGACGAAUAAAUUCCAUGAGAAACGCUGGUGCGUGCUUGUGGCCUCCGAAGAAACGGACGGAUUUGCUCCAGAAGAGAUUUGGUGUCAAGCUUUCGAGAACGACGUGAUGGUGGCUCGAAUGGCUUUUCUGGUGAAGAAAGAGAAAAGCGCAGGAAGCGGCUCUUCUGAGGGCACUUUCACCGAAGCUCCCGUUAGCAAUGCAACUGAAAGCGAGAAGCUCAAGAAGUCAAUUGAAACUCAAAUGGUUUAUUGGUUGCCAGAAAACAUUUCCGAUCUGAACGCCGUCUGUCUGGCCAUUUACAAAUUUUGUGCCAACUGCUGGAACAAUAUGAUCCUCGUGCCCGCCUCGCAAUUGACCCAUUUCAUCGACUUUUUUCACUGGUUGAAAGAUUCGCGUGAUUUGCACUAUAAACGUGACACUCAAUCAAUUCGACUCGAUCGUUUCAUGUGCAUUGAGGAUGUGAUUCAAGUGUUUCGUGACUACAACAAGCAUGAGGGAAAAGGUAUCGAGAGUCUCGAAUGGGAGCGCACAAUCACGAACAAUUCGGCGCCGAUUAAAGCACGGGAUCUCAUUCAAGUUGCAUGUGACUACACCCGAAACGCACUUCGAAGCGCCUGCAAGCCACCAAUCAGCCAAACGCUUUUUAUUAAUCAAAUGAAUCAGCAACGUAAUAACUUUGCCAACCCUUUCAUGCGUGCAUUGCAACCCGAGCCGGAGUUGUCGUUUGGUUUUGAUGAUGGUCGUUCACCGGAGGAACAGGCCGAAACCUUGGAACUUGUUCGGAGUUGGCUCAGUAAGCGAUGCCCAGAUGAUGCUGAUCACGAAGACAUGGAACCCUACAGGACAGAGGUAUAUGUCAAUCAAUCCUUCCAAAUCCUCCCAACGGAAUACGAAUAUCUGAUUCCCUACUUUUUGCCUACAUCGCGAGCAAAAGAUUUUCAU